AAAGAGAAUUUGAUAGAGGAGAGAGAGGACGAGAGAGAGAGAGCUCUACUCUCACAUGGCUACCUUGCCAUUAGGGCCUCGGCAUCAACCUCCACUACAGCCACCGUCACAGUCACAGCCACAGCCACAAGCACAGCUGCUACAACUUUCUCAACCUGAAAAUGACCGUCUAAAUCUCAACGCUCACCGUGCCUCAGCAAUGGACACCGAUAAGGAAAUGUCAGCUGCAGUGAUUGAAGGGAAUGAUGCAGUAACUGGUCACAUCAUUUCCACUACAAUCGGUGGCAAAAACGGUGAACCAAAACAGACAAUCAGUUACAUGGCUGAGCGUGUGGUGGGUAGUGGUUCGUUUGGCGUUGUAUUCCAGGCAAAAUGCUUGGAAACAGGAGAAACAGUUGCCAUAAAGAAGGUUUUGCAGGAUAAGCGUUAUAAAAACAGGGAGUUGCAACUAAUGCGUCUGAUGGAUCACCCAAAUGUGGUUUCUCUUAAGCAUUGCUUCUUCUCUACAACUAGUAAAGAUGAACUUUUCUUGAAUUUGGUUAUGGAGUAUGUUCCCCAAAAUAUGUAUCAUGUUCUCAAGCACUACAACAGCAUGAACCAGAGGAUGCCACUCAUCUACGUCAAACUUUACACAUAUCAAAUCUUUAGGGGCCUUGCAUAUAUUCAUUCGGUUCCUGGGGUCUGCCAUAGGGAUGUGAAGCCGCAAAAUCUUUUGGUUAAUACUCUAACACAUCAGGUUAAGAUUUGUGACUUUGGAAGCGCAAAAGUACUGAUUAAGGGUGAAGCCAAUAUAUCAUAUAUAUGCUCACGAUAUUAUCGAGCUCCAGAGCUCAUAUUUGGUGCAACAGAAUACACAACCUCCAUUGAUAUUUGGUCGGCUGGCUGUGUCCUUGCCGAACUCCUUCUAGGCCAGCCAUUGUUUCCUGGGGAGAAUGCAGUGGACCAACUUGUAGAGAUAAUCAAGGUUCUUGGUACUCCUACUCGGGAAGAAAUUCGAUGCAUGAAUCCAAAUUACACAGACUUCAGGUUCCCUCAGAUUAAAGCCCAUCCAUGGCACAAGGUUUUUCACAAACGAAUGCCUCCUGAAGCUAUUGACCUUGCUUCACGUCUGCUUCAGUAUUCUCCUAGUCUUCGCUGCACAGCUCUGGAAGCAUGUGCGCAUCCCUUCUUUGAUGAGCUACGGGAUCCUAAUGUCCGCCUCCCUAACAACCGUCCGUUUCCCCCUUUAUUCAACUUUAAGCAAGAAUUAGCUGGAGCAUCCCCUGAACUGAUCAGCAGGCUGCUACCAGAGUAUGUGCGAAGACAGAUUGGUCUCAGUUUUCAACAUCAAGCAAGUACAUAAAGUGAAGACAUGAAUCAACCUCUAAGCUUCGUCCAAUGGGUGAAAAAGAAGCACACAAAAGCUCCUUGCAGUCUAGAUAACCGAGUAUCUUGGCCGAACUCUGCCCUGCGAAGAUUUAUGAACAUACCACUGGCUGUUUCGCUUAGCGUGGAAAAUGGUGACCAACUACUUUAUUUUAGCCUAUACAUAUUGAUUUUGUAUUCCCAUGUCUAGAUUUUCCGUUUAUUGAUCCAUAAGAUCUGUGAAAGCUGGAAGUAUGACUGAAAAGGUAUGCCAUUCAUAGCUAGGCAGUGCCUCCAAAAAAUGCAUAGUGGGAGUUCGUGGAGCUUAUUGGUAGCUUGGAAUUCGAAUUAUUUUGUCCUGAUAAGGUUUCUGUAUGUAUUAUUUAGUAUUGGAGGUUACUUUUCUUCAUUUAGUUUUUCCAUGGCUUUUCUGUAUGUAUUACUGUGUUUCCAAAUCAUAUUUAGUGUUGU